CUGGAGAGAGUGGCGAUAACAUCAUUAUUGGCAGUGGCAUCUGGGCCCAGUUCAAACAUGCCUUUCUUGGAAGCUGAAGGUUUUCUUGGGAUUAUAGGCAAAGAAGGAAAAUCCUCAUCUGACACGGAUGGCAGAGGGCUUUUUGAUGGAGGUGUGUGUGGACAGUGUGGAGUCUGCCAUCAACGCCGAGAGGGGAGGUGCUGGUCGGCUGGAGCUGUGUUCUAGUCUGCUAGAAGGAGGAAUCACGCCCAGUAUAGGUCUGCUGCAGGUGGUGAAGCAGUAUGUGCGAAUCCCGGUCUAUACCAUGAUCCGUCCACGCGGGGGGGAUUUCCUGUACUCGGACCGUGAGGUGGAGGUGAUGAAAAAGGACAUUGAGCUGGUGAGGAGUCAUGGGGCAGAUGGACUGGUGCUGGGAGCUCUGACUGAGGAUGGGAGAGUAGACGCUGAACUCUGUAUGGAAUUGCUAGCUGUUUCUCGUCCUCUACCUGUUACUUUUCACAGAGCCUUUGACAUGGUGCACGACCCCAUGGUUACCUUGGAGAUGCUGGUGUCUUUGGGGUUUGAGCGUGUUCUGACCAGCGGAUGUGACUGUUCAGCUCUGGAAGGACUGCCUCUCAUCAAACGCCUGGUGGAACAGGCUAAAGGGAGAAUAACCAUUAUGCCUGGAGGGGGUAUUACAGAGCGGAAUCUCCAGAGGAUUCUAGAAAGUUCUGGGGUUCUGGAGUUCCAUUGUUCUGCUCGCUCCAGUAAGGACUCUGCCAUGAAGUUCAGAAACUCCUGUGUGAACAUGGGCGCCUCGCUGACAGCUCCCGAGUAUGGCCUGAAGGUGGCAGACGUGAGCAAAGUCCGCUCUCUGAACGCUAUAGCCAAGAACACCCUGUAGUGACGACAAGCACAUACACACCUGAACUCCCUGUAUGGCUGCUGGACAGCUGUCCUCAGCCCCUUUGGGUAGCAGGUCCUCCUGCUCCUAUUGAGCCUGACCCCAAAAUAGUGUACUAUAUAAGGAAUAGUUCAGAGGCUCUCUUACACUGUUCCUGGAGAGCUACCAUCCUGUAGGUCUUUCCUCCAACCCUAAUCUAGCUCACCUGAUGCUAAUAAUGAGCUGGUUUAUAAGCUGAAUCACAACUGGGGUUCGGUUGAAAAACUACAUGAGGGUAGCUGUCCAGGAACAGGGUUGGAGUACCCUGGAAUAAGGUGUAAGUUGGAAGCUAAUCAAUGUAUUUUUGUAGUAAUUUCUAAAAGUGAAGUCAUGUUUACACAAUGACUAAAUAAAAAGGUAUAUAGGCUAUCAUCAUAUCCCUUAGGCAUUGUAAGAUGUGUGAGGUUUCAUACAGCUUUGUAUUCACAAUAGUUGAUUAGGCAUUGAAUUACACAAUCGCAGAAUCCUGUUUCCUGGAGGUUCAGCUUGAUGUCAUUACUUGUUAUGUGGAGAGUUCCCCUCCAUACAAUGAAAAGUGAUUUGAAUAUUGGGGAAAGCGCAAUAUAAAUCCAAUUAUUAUUAGAGUUAUUGAUAGAAAAUAGAGACCUGCACACUGUUAAUGUGGAAAAAGACAUGUUUAUAUUAUAAAUUCAUGUUUAAAAUGUUCUUAGGGAGCGUCAAAAUUGUCACCUGGAGGAAAAUGGGGGAGGGUCAUGCUUUUCAUAUUUCAAUCAGGGAGUUUUUUAUUUUUUAUUUUAAAAUAUAGUCCAGUGGAGGGUCAUUUGUAAUUGAUUAAAUGUCAUAUUGCUCAAUGUUUGGGAAUUAGUUGCUUAUUAUAUCUCGACAUGUGCCCGACGCUGCCCCUCAUUCCCGAUUCCAGUGUUGUAGUACUGGAGUCCGGUCUAGAGACCACGUUUUGAGCGUCUGGGUCUUGUCUCGAUAUCGGAUACAUUUGUAAUUUCUAACCGAGACUAACUUUUUUACAUUUUAUUUCACCUUUAUUUAACCAGGUAGGCCAGUUGAGAACAAGUUCUCAUUUACAACUGCGACCUGGCCAAGAUAAAGCAAAAGCAGUAUGAAACAAACGUACAGUAAAUGACACAAUAGAAAAAUCUGUAUACAGUGUGUGCAAAUGAAGUAAGGAGGUAAGGCAAUAAACAGCCUCUGAACUAUUACUUUGCCAAUAGUGGCAAAGUAAUUACAAUUUAGCAAUUUAAACUGGAGUGAUAUGUGCAGAUGUGGAAGUAGAAAUACUUGUGUGCAAAAGAGCAGAAAAACAUAUGGGGAGGAGGUAGGUAGUUGGUUAGAUGGGCUGUGUACAGCUGCAGCGAUCGGUAAGCUGCUCUGACAGCUGAUGCUUAAAUUUAGUGAGGGAGAUAUGUCUCCAACAUACCGAUUUAUGAUUUUUUGAUGCCGAUUAUUGGAGGGUCAAAAAAAGCUGAUGCUGAUUAUUCGGCCAAUUUUUAAAAAUGUAUUUAUUUGUAAUAAUGACAAUUAUAACAAUACUGAAUGAACACUUAUUUUAACUUAAUAUAAUACAUCAAUAAAAUCAAUUUAGCCUCAAAUAAAAUGAAACAUGUUCAAUUUGGUUUAAAUAAUGCAAAAACAAAGUGUUGGAGAAGUAAAAGUGAAAUAUGUGCCAUGUAAGAAAGCUAACGUUUAAGUUCCUUUGUCAGAACAGGUGAACGAACAUGAAAGCUGGUGGUUCCUUUUAACAUGAGUCUUCAAUAUUCCCAGGUAAGAAGUUUCAGGUUGUAGUUAUUAUAGGAUUAUAGGACUAUUUCUCUCUAUACCAGUUGUAUUUCAUAUACCUUUGACUAUUGGAUGUUCUUAUAGGCACUUUAGUAUUGCCAGUGUAAAAGCAUAGCUUCUGUCCCUCUCCUCGCUCCUACCUGGGCUUAAACGAGGAACACAAUGACAGCCACCCUCGACGCAGUGUUACCCAUGCAGAGCAAGGGGAACAACCACUCCAAGUCUCAGAGCGAGCCUAAUCUCGGGAGUUGAUAGGCUUGAAGUCAUAAACAGCUGCUGGCAAACGCACAAAAGUGCUGUUUGAAUGAAUGCUUAUGAGCCUGCUGGUGCCUACCAUCGCUCAGUCGGACUGCUCUAUCAAAUCAUAGACUUAGUUAUAACAUGAUAAAACACAGAAAUGGGGCGGCAGGGUAGCCUAGUGGUUAGUUUUGGACUAGUAACCGGAAGGUUGCAAGCUCAAACCCUCGAGCUGACAAGGUCGGGAAAUAAAAAUAAAUAAUUGAAAAUAAGAAUUUGUUCUUAACUGAGUUGCCUAGUUAAAUAAAUGUAAAAGAAAAAAAAAAUACGAGCCUUAGGUCAUUAAUAUGGCCGAAUCCGGAAACGAUCAUCUCGAAAACAGGACGUUUAUUCUUUCAGUGAAAUAUCUAACGGGUGGCAUCCAUAAGUCUAAAUAUUCCUGUUACAUUGCACAACCUUCAAUGUUGUAUGUCAUAAUUACGUAAAAUGCUGGCAAAUUAGGCGGCCCAAACUGUUGCAUAUACACUGACUCUGCGUGCAAUGAACGCAAGAGAAGUGACACAAUUUCACCUGGUUAAUAUUGCCUGCCUACCUGGAUUUCUUUUAGCUAAAUAUGCAGUUUUAAAAAUAUAUACUUCUGUGUAUUGAUUUUAAGAAAGGCAUUGAUGUUUAUGGUUAGGUACACAUUGGAGCAACGAUACGCACCGCAUCAAUUAUAUGCAACGCAGGACAUGCUAGAUAAACUAGUAAUAUCAUCAACCAUGUGUAGUUAUAACUAGUGAUUGAUUGUUUUUUAUAAGAUAAGUUUAAUGCUAGCUAGCAACUUACCUUGGCUUACUGCAUUUGCAUAACAGGCAGUCUCCUCGUGUAGUGCAAUGAGAGGCAGGUGGUUAGAGCGUUGGACUAGUUAGCUGUAAGUUUGCAAGCUUGAAUCCCCCGAGCUGACAAGGGAAACAUCUGUCGUUCUGCCCCUGAACGAGGCAGUUAACCCACCGUUCCUAGACCGUCAUUGAAAAUAAGAAUGUGUUCUUAACUGACUUGCCUAGUUAAAUAAAGGUGUAACAUUUUUUUAAAUAAAUUGGCCAAAUCUGUGUUCAAAAAUACAGAUUUCCGAAAACUUGAAAUCGGCCCUAAUUAAUCGGCCAUUCCAAUUAAUCGGUCGACCUCAAUACUAAGCCUACCUGAUAAUAUACGGUGUUUACAUUUUUUAUUUUUCACAAAUUCAUUGAUGAUCAGAUACUUGUUCUGUUGCGCUAAAUGUUUAUAGUUGAUAGUCUAAGUUUGGAACAGUGCUAAAGUUGUCCUCUUUAACAAUAGCCUGUAUAGAAAUCAAUACUUCUCUUGUUCUGCAGCAUGCAUUCAUUCGUUGUCAUGCUCUAUUGUAGUAUUAAAAAAGAUUCUACUUGUCUACAGUCAUGUAGAAUUGCAUUAAUUGUGUUUCUAAAAGGCCAUUUUUUUUUUCUCAGACCAAAUAAGAUGAUAGAUACAUGCAGUGUUUUUUUUACAAUGGAGAUCUUUUCACUGCUUACCUUGACCACGGUAGUCUGCGAAUCCACAACCUUCUGGCUACUUUGCCAUGUAAUGCAAACGAAGAACAGUUUCUAAAACUGCACCUAAGGCUCUGGUCUGUCCUUAAAGUAAGAGUAUAUAGUAGGAAUGUUCCCUGCUAUCCACUUUGUUUUAAUUAUUAUUUUGGUUAUAGUGGAGGGUUUCAAGUGUUCAGGGAGGGUUGAGUAAAAAUAUAUUUUACUGAAGGGAGGGCCAUCCAUUUUCAUUUCAGAGAGAUCCGAUUUUCUCCAGGUAUCCCUCAUUAAACAUAAUGUAGUCCCUUAUUGACACAUGCCCUGUGCCAUUUGCUUUAAAUUCAAUCCAACGAAUGUUCUUGAAUAUGCUUUGUGGAAUGUCAUAAUAAUGAAUAGAAAGGUGUGCGAAUAUGACUUUUGUAAGGGAUUGAUGGAACUACUAGAACUUUAACCCCUGUUAAUUUCUUUGCAGUGAAACAUUUUUUAUAACUA